AUGGAGGUUGCAGUGGCCUCGCUUCAGCAUCAGGUCGGUACCACGUCAUCCCAGAUCGCUUCGCUCGGCUCCACCCUCUCAAUUGCCUUCGGGCAGAUUCAGGCAACCAUCGAGCGCGAAGUUGCUGGAGUGGAGAUGACGGUGGCAGGUCAUUUCACCGAGAUUCAGAAGCUCACGUCGGAGAUGGCGGCUGCCAGAUGGCAACUCAGAGACAUCAAGGAAGAACGGCCCGUCCCGCCUGUUGACCUGUCCUUCGGCAGGGAGACCGCCGCCACCAUCCUGCCAUCGGCCUGCAUUUUCGUGGAUAAGCAGACGUGCGAGCUCAGCUCCAACAGGGCUCCGUUGCUCAGGGUGCAGCUUCGGCCCCUGUCCGCGCUGGAUGAGAUUUUCGCCAGCCUCGAGGGCCGGGUCUUCACCCAGCUGCUGGUGACUCUUCGUGGCCUCAAGGCGGGCGGCGGAGCAGUCGCCCGCGACUCUGGCCAGGCCCUGGGCGUCGCCGGGGCGCUGUCUUUCGGCCAGGUGAUGCUGCGCAUCAAGUCCCUGCUCGCCCCGGCGGAGGUAUGGAUGACCGUCGAUCGCGAUGCAGGUGUCGGCGAGCUCUUCAAGGAGAUGUCGAGGGUGCUCAGGCAGCAGAGCCCGCUGCUGAGCAACAUGGGGAGGCCGGUGCAAUUCCGGCUGGUGGACGCAGGGCCGGCCGAGGGCGCGCCGGGCGAGGCCCCCGUUUGCGAGGCGCUGGUGCCCGAGCAGGCGGCGUUGGGGGCGAGCAGAGAGACCGCCGUCAGCGAUGCUCCUCUGACUCUCGGCGACAUGCGGGCACUCAUGGCUAAAAUCGUGGGGACGAUGGACACCAAGAUCGCCUCAACAGUCGAGCCGCUGAGGACGACGACCAAUUCGGACAGCACCGAGAUAGUGACGAGGACCAACGAGCAGGAAGCUCUCAUCGAGGGUGAUAUGAUGGCAGGCGCUCGCGAGAAACAACGCGUGUUCGCCAAGCUGCGCGCCCCCAUGCGAAAGAUGGUCUCGCAGCAUCCCAAGUGGGGCGUCAAUUGCCAGGUGGGCUUUGGCGGGUUCAAGGGCAGCAUCUACGCGACGAGCGGCGCCGACAUCUGGACGUUCACGUCGACGAGCAAAAUCCAAGCCGGAAAUUUAGAUUCGUUCCAAAAGGCGACGAGCUCGCCGACUGGCGAAUUCUCGCCGCUGCCCACUAGGAAGUGUUGUCAGGGCAGUCCCACGCAGCGGUUGGCGGGGGUGAGCCUGGUGCUGAUCUGCCGGGCCGCGGGCCGCGGGGCGGGGCCGCGGGCCGCGAGCGGCGGCGCCGCCAUGGCCCCUUCACCGGGCGCCGACGCCUGGGGCGCGGGGGGCGCCCUGGGCGACGGGGGGCGCCCACAGGAGGAGCAGUCGCAGGGACACCGAGGGCCCCGUGAUGCUGCGCUCUGUCCGGGCGAGAGCGGCUGCUUGGACGAGGAGGCCACGACGCUGCCGCUCGACCCAGGCACUCCAGACCACCUGGUGCCUUUCCGGGCUGCCGACCAGGCGGGGACGCUCCACCUGAGCCUGCUCACGGCAGUGGAGCGCCGCGCGCGGGCCCGCAACGCCCGCAGGGGCCUGCGGCGGUACGCCCGUCGCGCGGCGCAGCGGAGCGUGGAUGGCGCGUGGGAGGACGCCUUAGAAGAGCACGGCGCGAUUUUGGAGCGGCUGGCCACUGGCGUGCAGCCGAGCGGAGCAGAGGAGGACGAGGCAGAGGAGGCGGCCGAAGACCUGUCCAUGCCGCAGAGGAGGCAGAGUAGGCGAUCGCACGUCCCUGCGGAAGCAACCCGGGAGAUGGCCGCUGCGGGCCUGACCCACAUCGAGCGGACAGCCGUGCGCCCUGCACGUACGGGCCGCACAUCCGCCCGAUACGGGCUCAGAGGUGUUGUCAUCGGGGAAGCUUCCAACCCAGGGCCGAUGCAGCCGGCGCCAGGCGACCAGCGCAGCCUCGGUGGCGGACGCGGCGCGCUACAAGGCGUCCCUGGGGACGUGCCGUCGGGACUCCCCGGUCAGUUCGGACCCAGUCGGGAGCAGAGGGCGCCAAGGGACGACCCGUACGGGGGGAGCGCUCAACUCGACGUGAGAAACACUUUCAUCGACAUCGCGAGCGAGCGCCCUGGCCGAAGACAGCUUAGGCGCAACCUCACAGACGGGGACGCGCCACGCGAGCAGGACGCGCAGGAGUCUGUGCCGCCUCUCGCGGCCGGGGAUGGCGCCGACCUCCCUUCGAGCGCGAGGGCUAUUCGCAACGCUGGGGACGCUGCUCUCAUCGAGGACCUCGAGGGGCUCGAACUCGCCGAAGACACGCGGAUGGAGCAAGACAUGGGUACUCCGCUGGACGAACUGCGCCGUGCCCGAGCACGUGGCGGCACCGGAAGAGACGGUGCAGGCUCCGCCACCGCGGCAGGGGUGCAAGAGGACGCCUCAGACGACUUGCCAACGCUAGAAGAGAUCAUGCUGGCCCCGGUCUCCACGAGGGAACUCAUCGGGGACGGCCUUUUGCCCAGCGUGGAGCGGGAGUUCAACAAAUGCGGCGCCAACGUCCUCAUGCACUCCCGGGUGGACGCGUGGGACGUUGCAGGCACCAGCGAUGACACGCCACAACAUGCUCGAGCUCGACAGGCGUGGACCGAGUGGCUUAUGUUCCCGAAAACGGUCACGCCAGCGCUCCCAGGAGGGAAAGCGAAAGAGAAGCGGAACCGGAACCUCGUGGCUAACAUGGUUGAUCGAUGGGCCAACGGGGAGCGUCGGGCAGUGUGGGACGAAGUCCUAAAGCUCACGCAGCGCCGGGACAAAAAGCAGAGCGGCCAGCCAGCAAGCGAGGAAGAGCAAAAAGAGCGGAAGCAACAAGAGGUUAUAGCCCUCGCCCGCCGGGGGCUGCCUGGCAAAGCUGUGACACACGCUUCGAGCAGAAGACUGGCACCAGACUCGCAGCAGACGGAAGAUACCAUGCGCUCCAAGUUCCCGGCCGCGCCAGCCUCUCAGCGCGGCUCUCAACGCCCGCCGGCGCCGCCGGCCAACGAACUGACUGAUGAAGGAGUGGCGGCAGCAAUCCGGAGCUUCAGCAGAGGCGCGGCGCCAGGCCCAUCCGGCCACAGACCCGACUUCUACAAGCAGGUGGUGGGGGAGAAGGGCGACAAACCGGGUUGCGCCAUCCUGUCGGGCAUUUGCAAUUUACUUGCAGACGGACGGGCCCCGAAACAGCUGCGGGCUUACCUCGGAGGCGCCCGGGGCACGGCUUUGCGGAAGACGGCGAAGGACGGCAGCGAUGAUGCCAGGCCAGUGUGCUCUGGGGAGACCAUCCGCAGAGUGGUAGGCAAGGCGCUGCUGGCCACGGAGCUCAACGCGCUCCGGGCUCAUCUGCAGCCUCUCCAGCUGGCCGUGGGCGUCCGUGCCGGGGCGGAGGUGAUGCCGCACAUGGCGCGGCAGUGGCGUGACGAGUACAAAGGGGACGUAGACCGCAUCAUGUUGAACAGCGACCAGGCCAACGCCCACAACGAGGAGGUUCCCUGGGACAAGUUCACGGAGCUUCGGGCCGGGGCGUCGCAGAUCAUCGUCGACGAAGGGCUCGAGGCUGACCCUGCUGAUGCUCUUGGGAGUGACGGGGUCUGGGUCGUGUCGGAGCCCGUCUUCGACGGGUGCCAGGAGGCGGCGAGGAUCGGCGCUCAGGUCGCCAAGGAGUCCGUGGCGAGCAGGCUGGGGAACCGCGGGUUCGCCAAGUUUGGCUCGGUCGUCGCGGCGCUCGAGCGGAUCAAGGUGGAGGAGCUCGACGGCUACUUCGCGGGCCGCAAGAACCUGCUCCUGGUGGGCCUGGGAGGCGCUCACACGCCCGAGGAGCGAGAGGGAACCCUUGGCUCGCCCACAGGCCUCCAGGCCCUUCGUGGGGCUCUUGCAGGCCCACAGCUCCCUGGAACGGGUGAGGGGCCUGACAAGAAGACGGACGAGGACGUUCGCACGCUGUCGGUGAAGUUCAACGCCUUCAACCGCAGGGAGCGCGUCUGGGUGGACUCGGUCAAGGAGAUGGUCGAGGACGCCUUCUCGGACUGGCCUUUGGAUGGUCCUCGCGCGUUCUUGUGGUUGAUGAUGUCUUUUGCUCAGCUCGCGAUGGUGCCCGCGUUCUGGCUGGAGCGCCACCUCCAGACGGCGGGUUGGAGCGAGAACGAUCGCUCUAUUCAUGAGAUGCGGGUGAUGGCGGAGGUUUUCGAGCUGGCUAUCUCUUACGAUCAGCUUAAUGUGGCUUCGCUCGCGGCCUUCGAGAGGUCGGGGCGGAGAUGGCAAGCUAUACUUGAGGCUCAUGGUAAGAACCCCGUGAACCCGAACUACGAGAUUGCUGAUAAGUUCUCGGGCUACAAUCGCCGCGCUCAGCUUGCGGCGCCGGCGCUUCGCACCUACGUGGCCAAGGAGGUGCGAGAGGAGGCGGAGAUCGACAAGCAGACUACCACGGCCAAGGCUCUGAGGGACGAGGCCAAGGUCGCCCUCGAGCGCGGGAAAUCCGCUGGGAAGGGCAAGGACAAGGGGGAUAGCAAGGAAGCGGAGAGGGAUGCCAACCGUCUGGAAGCUUCGGACGGCACGACCUCGGAGGAGGACGGCAACCCGCUUGUGCAGGAUCGCGUGCUGAGGCGGAAGAUCCACCAUGCGAAAAUGGCAGAAGAGCCAGGUAUGCAGCACGUUUCGGUGCUAGAACGAAGCUCGGUAGGAGAACGAACCUGGGCGCAAUAUCGAAAGCUAUAUCGAGGCCUGGUGGACUACGUCGACGAAUGCAAGCUGAACGCCGACAAAGCGCAGGACUUCGACGUGGCCAUUGUCUCCUUCAUGACCCACGUGUACAUGCUGGGCUACGACGCGGGCAUCGGUCAGAAGUUGAUCGCAGCCGUGGUGUUCUUUCAACCUCGCUUCGGCAAGCUAGGCGACCUUUCUCAUCCGCGAGCCUGGCGGGCUGCCAGGGGCUGGGCCAAAUUGGGCCCGCCACGCAGUCGGCAGCCCUUGACCCUGCCGACGGUUGCAGGGUUGGCCGCGUUGCUGGCCUACGAAGGUCACCUGGACAUGGCCAUCUGGACGACCAUCGCUUUCUGCACCUACCUGCGUCCAGGCUCUAUGAUGCAGCUCACCAGGGGCUCGCUGGUCCCACCUACCAUGAAGGUCGACACCAUGUGGCGUGUGCUGGCGCACAGGUCAGACCUCCACCAGGUCUCGAAGGUGGGGACUCAGGACGACACCAUCUUGUGGGACACUCAGGGUUUUGAAUGGAUGGGCAAAGUUCUUCAGAUUCUAGCCGUCGGUAAACGUAAUGAGUGCUUGUGGCAUUUUACCUAUCCAGAGUUAGUGCGUGAAAUUCGUAAGCAAGGCCGACGGCUCGGCCAAGACAUUGUACCCUACCAGUUGCGCCAUGCGGGCGCCUCCUUGGAUAUAUAUAAAAAGCAUCGCAACCUGUGCGAAGUGCAACGUCGUGGUGGUUGGAUGUCUACCAAAAGUGUGCAGCGCUAUGAGAAGUCAGGCAUGGUGAUGAAAGACUACGCCCUGCUUCCCCUGGCGCUGCGCUGCUGGCUCGAGGAGCAGGUACACGCGCUCAAGGACUCGAUCCUCAGAGGUGCACGGCGAUUGCUUCGCAGGGCGCACGUUGCCGCUGCUGCAUUGCUGGAGAUGUGGCCGAGCUCGCUGUUGCAUUUCUUGCUCGUCGAGCUUGGCGUCGCCUACGCGUUCUAUUUCAGCAUGGUGAACUUGAUCACCACGAUUGCAACUCAGGUCGCGCUGAGCUACAAGCAAGUCGACUCAUAUCCCCCGGAGUUCUUGCACGGCAGUGCGGCAGCAAUGGCCGAGUGCAACGCGGCUCUGCCAGGUGGCUAUGCAAUCUACUGGUACGAAGGGGACGAUUAUGGUCAUGAACGGAUUUUGCUGAGGGAAGUUAAGUCACUGGAUGACAGGCGUAUCUGGGUUGGGGCCUCGCCUGACUUCGAUGUCUAUGCGGAGGAGUGGGACGCCACGGGAGAUCGCGGGCCCAUCAGAGUGGAGCUGUUGAAGGGUCGCACUGCGCCAAGGAGUUUCCCCAGGCCCAUCUAUCGUUUCGAUCAGGAGGUUCCCUGGGACAAGUUCACGGAGCUUCGGGCCGAGGCGUCGCAGAUCAUCGUCGACGAAGGGCUCGAGGAGAUCGCUCACGCGAGAGUGCAAGAUGACACGUUCGCGAUCAGGAACUUCCAUGGGCAGGCUGACCCUGCUGAUGCUCUUGGGAGUGACGGGGUCUGGGUCGUGUCGGAGCCCGUCUUCGACGGGGGUCAGGAGGUUGCGAGGAUCGGCGCUCAGGUCGCCAAGGGGUCCGUGGCGAGCAGGCUGGGGAACCGCGGGUUCGCCAAGUUUGGCUCGGUCGUCGCGGCGCUCGAGCGGAUCAAGGCGGGGGAGCUCGACGGCUACUUCGCGGGCCGCAAGAACCUGCUCCUGGUGGGCCUGGGAGGCGCUCACACGCCCGAGGAGCGAGAGGGAGCCCUUGGCUCGCCCACAGGCCUCCAGGCCCUUCGUGGGGCUCUUGCAGCCCCACAGCUCCCUGGAACGGGUGAGGGGCCUGACGAGAAGACGGACGAGGACGUUCGCACGCUGUCGGUGAAGUUCAACGCCUUCAACCGCAGGGAGCGCGUCUGGGUGGACUCGGUCAAGGAGAUGGUCGAGGACGCCUUCUCGGACUGGCCUUUGGAUGGUCCUCGCACGUUCUUGUGGUUGAUGAUGUCUUUUGCUCAGCUCGCGAUGGUGCCCGCGUUCUGGCUGGAGCGCCACCUCCAGACGGCGGGUUGGAGCGAGAACGAUCGCUCUAUUCAUGAGAUGCGGGUGAUGGCGGAGGUUUUCGAGCUGGCUAUCUCUUACGAUCAGCUUAAUGUGGCUUCGCUCGCGGCCUUCGAGAGGUUGGGGCGGAGAUGGCGAGCUAUACUUGAGGCUCAUGGUAAGAACCCCAUGAACCCGAACUACGAGAUUGCUGAUAAGUUCUCGGGCUACAAUCGCCGCGCUCAGCUUGCGGCGCCGGCGCUUCGCACCUACGUGGCCAAGGAGGUGCGAGAGGGGGCGGAGAUCGACAAGCAGACUACCACGGCCAAGGCUCUGAGGGACGAGGCCAAGGUCGCCCUCAAGCGCGGGAAAUCCGCUGGGAAGGGCAAGGACAAGGGGGAUAGCAAGGAUGAGUGA